AUGGGAAACUGCUGCUAAAAAAGAAAAGAUAAACCACAAUAAAAUGAGUUGGUUAUCCAAAAAAAUGUAAAAGAUAUAGAAAUUAUUAUUUUAAAAGGUAAUAUUUGCAAUGAAAACAUAGACUGUAUUGUGAAUUGGGUGGAUUGCUUUUUAAUGAAUGAACGAACUUAUAUUUUAAAAUAAGCCCUCAACGAUAAGCUAAAAAAGGAGCUGGAUAGCGUUAAACAUUCUAAAGGGAUACUAACACUGAAUGAUUGCUUUAUUACUAGCCCUGGAAAGCUCCAAAAUACAAAAAAAAUAAUACAUUCUACUCUGCCUUUGUGGAGAGGAGGCCAUGAAAAAGAACUUUAGUAUUUUGAAGAGUCUAUAACAUAAUGUAUUUAGCUAGCAAUCAAUUAAAACAUGUCUAGCAUUGGUUUCACAUAAGAUAGUAGUGAUAUAUUUGGAAUUCCCCUUUAGGAUUGUGCUGAAAUUCUUAUUUAGUCUUUUUACCGUUUUGCUACAUUUAAAGAUACUUCUAUAAAAAGAGUUUACUUUAUACACUAAGAUUCAUCUGCAAUACAAGUUUAUAAAAAUAAGUUACUAAAAGUUAUAGGGGAGCCUGUGGAAGACAUAAAAUCAGUUUAUAGUGAUAAGCUUAAAGAAUUUUACUUUUCAAAUUACUCAGAGGGUUGCGAUGAAGAAACUAGGAAAAGUAAUGGAAGAAUGGAGGAUUUUGAUGAUUUGGAAGCAAAUAAUAGUUCUCAUAACUUGGUUUGCAAAUGA